ACAGUCGAUUGUUACUAGGGUCAAGACCAUGUUGAUUUCACGAUGCUCGAUAAGAUGUCCCUGGAAACGCUUACAAUAUCUAGUUGUAUUCCUCAUAAAAACAGCCUUAUUUCUGGCAAUGUCGUACUACAUUUUUCUCUAUCGCGAUACGAUUGCCAUGUUCGUACAUGAAGCCUUUUGCUGCUCCGCAAGCGAACAUGUAUCAGUUAUUGGAAUCAAUUACAACACAAUGCCUCCCAAUUCGCAGGCAAAGUUCAUUUUCGUGAUACCAAGGAAGACAAAGCGAACCACGUGCGGAAAAAAGGAUUCAGAUGGUAUUUGCCAUGAGGUUCAACACCUGGUUCGAAUUCUUGAUGAAAAUUCGUAUCUCGAUGGAGCGACUUGCCAAGGUUUGGACCACAUUAAAGAAAGGGCCUCUCAAAAACGAAUGCGGUCAUGUCUUUUUGAAACUAAGUAUUGGACAUUGAGAAUCAAACAGACGACUGUUGUAGGAAAGCAAACACAAACAAUCACUCUUUGUAAUCUUGCUGAAGGUCCUUUUCUUAUUCGGCGCUCUGUGUUUGAUAAGUUGGGCUUUCGUCCUUCUCACGGAGAAGCCACCUUGUUAGAUUUCUUCUUACGGUCGAAAGGAAGUCUCCAAAUAGCAGCGUCACAGAAGUGCUCGUUUUUAAAGCAACAGACGGUGACAGACAGAGGAGCUAUGUCUAACAAGGAGGUUUAUUUAGAUUAUGGCUUGCUUGGGUUUCAUCAUAAUAUUCUAAGGGUCGUGAGAGACGAUUCAAUUACAUGGACUCAAUGUACAAAAGAUUUAUUCCUCUGUCCAGACAAACCAUUGCAAGAGUUGCAUGAAAGCCGCGACAAAGCUCUGGUGGAACUUUUCCCCAUCUGUUGUCACGAAAGACUUGAUCAAUAUUUAAGAGAUUCUGUUUUUGCUUUCGAAAAAGUAAACAUGCCUUUUAGACUCUGCGCUGGGACGGUUCUAGGAGCUGUGCGUACUAAAGGUAUCAUUCCUUGGACGUAUGAUAUCGAUAUAUGUGUUAGUUCUACCAACUACCAAAACUCAAAUGCUUUUUUCCAAAUGGAAAAAAUCUUGAGCGCGCGAGGUUACUCUUCUCCUCUCAUAUUCAACCUGCGCAGAGUGAUGCCGAUAUUUCCUUUGAUGAAAGAUAUUUCUUCAAUUUCUUUAAACGAAAGUAACUUGUAUAAUAAGAAAGCUCUUAAACUAAUGGAAUAUGUUUUACCGAUAGAAAGACCGAAGUGGAGUAGCAUGGGAUAUGUUGAUGUUUAUCCAAUGGAUAAUUUAUUUCGAACCGAGAGUUCUAACAUUGUUAUAAAUAAUCGGAAUUAUACAACGGUAGGGGACCCACACUCUUAUCUUGUGGAGGUUUUUGGAGAAUCUUAUCACCAGGUUGACUACAGAGGUAAGUCAAAGGAUCCGCACAAACCGUGGGUGUUUUGGAAAUGGAAAUCGAGUCUCGCCCAAGAGGAUGUCCCUAGCGGGUUAACUGAUGACAAGUUGGGAUGUUGUGUGAUGUUCUUAGGUAUCGCGUUAAUGAGUUACACAGUGCUGAAAUUUUGUUACCAUAGUUGUAGUUUUACUCGUAGAAAAUGGUGA